GAAGUAAUUAACGUAGACCCCGCCGGCUGACAACUGGCUGGGUGGGCGACGCCUGGUGUUUGGCCGGGACAUGCGCCGCGGCAAAGGCGCUGCAUGGAGCAGAGUGAGCUCAGACAGAGGCUUGUGGACACGUUGCCGGAGCUGAAGAAAGUGGUGGCCGGCGGGGUUGCUGGUUGUGUGUCCAAGACGGCCGUGGCGCCGCUGAGCCGCGUGACCGUGCUCAUGCAGGUCCAGUCAAUGCGGCCCCACAAGUUUUCGGACGGCAAAAACCCGAACAACCAGUAUCUUUGGGCUAGCUUGAGGAAGAUCUACCUUGAGGAAGGCAUCGCCGGCUUUUGGCGAGGGAAUGCUGCAACCUGCCUGCACCGCUUUCCCUACACCUCAUUCACCUUCUACGCCAACGCUGCAGCACGAGAAGCCUUGGAGCGCCACGGGGGUUUGCCGGAGAAGGAAAUCAGGGCCGGCAAUCAGCUCGUGGACCAGUUCCAGCCCCUCUACUUUGCCGUCGCCUUCUGCUUCUGCUUCCCCGCGGGACCGCGGGCCCAGACGUCCGGAACGGCGCCGCAGCAGGCACGAGAGAGCCAGCACUUGCUCGCCGGCGGCGCAGCGGCCAUGGCGGCAGUGUGCACGUUUCACCCGUUGGACGUCAUCAAGACUCGGCUCAUGGCCCAGACGCGUCGGGAGUACUAUUCCGGGGUCCCCGACGCCGCGCGCAAGAUCUGCCGCGACGAGGGUGCAAGAGGCCUCUAUCGGGGCAUCGGGGUGUCCCUUUGCAGCACGACACCCUCCAUUGCCAUCAACUUUACAGCUUUCGAGGAGUUCAAGAGCCUCUUCAGCAAGCUCGGGCUUGAGCCUGGCGUGGCUCUCAGCCUUUGCUCUGGCGCCUGCGCAGGCAGCUUCGCCUCCAUCGUCAUGUUUCCAUUGGAUUUGGUGCGGCGGCAGAUGCAAAUGGUGGGUGUUGGUGGCCGACCUCUCGUUUACGCUAACGUACGACAGGCGAUCCGCAGCGUUUUUAUCACCGGCGUGCGACGGCGCAGAGGCUGUCCUCUUUGGUGGCUUCUUGGCCCUUGCCAUCAUGUUCUCUACGCAGAACCAGCUGAUCAGCAGGAAAUGGUUCGGGGAGGAGCUCUUGUUCCCGGACUGAUGCCUUGAGCGGAGGCUUUCGCGCAGCACGCUCUGCAGCACGGCGCUGCUGCAGCUUGGCGUCAUCCCACGAACUGGGACAGCAGGCCGUUCGUGCCCCUUCCCGCGUGGCUAGAGCCACGAGUGACAGAAGUGAAGCGGCACGCGCUACAACGCGUUCCAUGCCCCUUCUCCG